AUGCAGUUCAAGUCGCUCUUCCUCGCCCUCGCCACCCUCUACGCCAUGGUUGCCGCGUCGAUGGUGACGGUCUCGUACGACCAUACCUACGACAACGCGUCGAGGAACCUGUCGAUGACGGCGUGCUCGGACGGGCCGCACGGGCUGGAGUCCAAGUUCCCGACCUUCGGCUCGCUCCGGCAUUUCCCCAACAUCGGCGGCGCGGUCGCGAUCGCGUUCUGGGACUCGCCGUCGUGCGGCUCGUGCUGGCGGCUCACGUACGAGAACCGGAGCAUCAACGUCCUCGCCGUCGACCACGCCGCCGAUGGCUUCAACAUCGCGUUCGCGGCGAUGAACAAGCUCACGAACGGCCAGGCGAGGUCCCUCGGCCGGGUCAACGCGACGGCGAAGGAGGUGUCGGCGAGCGCGUGCGGGCUUUGA